CACAUCAUGUGCAAGAUUGCCACUUUCUUGCAGCAUCAUCACCCACCUCAACUGUCAAAAGCAACAGUUGAGGUUGAGUUUUAUGGGUAUGGCUCUUGCCUUGUCUCCAUACCAUUUCAAUGUCCGCUACUCCUCCUCGUCCUUCCCUUCUGCCCCUACGGGCCACCCCAUUUCGACCACCGUCCGCCCUGCUGUCAUUCUUCCGGGUUUAGGGAACAACACAGGGGACUAUCAGAAGUUGAAGGUAACACUGAAUGAGUAUGGGGUACCCUCAGUUGUUGCUAAAGUGUCAAGAUUUGAUUGGUUUAGGAAUGCUGCCGGUUUAGUAGAUCCUAACUACUGGCGUGGCACUCUCCGGCCUCGGCCUGUUCUUGAUUGGUAUUUGAAGAGGAUUGAUGAGGCUGUCCGUGAGGCAAAGGUGCUGGCGGAAGGUGGGACUUUAUCCUUGAUUGGUCACUCGGCAGGAGGAUGGCUUGCACGUGUUUACAUGGAAGAAUUUGGGUUGUCUGAUGUCUCCUUGCUGUUGACCCUCGGUACUCCCCACUUGCCACCUCCAAAAGGAGUUCCAGGGGUUAUUGAUCAAACUAGAGGUCUCCUUGAUUAUGUUGAAAAACAUUGUGCAAAAGCUAUUUAUACUCCUCAUUUGAAAUAUGUAUGUAUUGCUGGGAGGUAUAUUCAGGGGGCUCGCUUUGUUGGGAACUCAAAUGCUGAAGUCAAUUCUGUGGUUGCCAUGGGCAGUGAUCAACCAAAUGCGGAGGCUGUUCUUAUGAAUGACACCAGCACUUCUGCGUCUAUAGCAAUUAACUUUCGUGCCCGUUUUAUUGGGCAAGGGUAUAAGCAGGUAUGUGGACAGGCAGAUGUAUGGGGCGAUGGAGUGGUGCCAGAGGCAUCAGCCCAUCUUGAGGGUGCACUCAACAUUAGCUUGGAUGGAGUGUACCACUCACCAGUUGGUUCAGAUGAUGAGCUGAGACCAUGGUAUGGUUCUCCUGCUGUUGUGGAUCAAUGGAUAUACCAUCUCCUCAACUAAAGUAGUUGAACAUACUAGAAUGGGAAGAUUGGUAAAUUCAUCAGCAAGCAUGUUGCAUACAAGUUCAUUUGAUUUCUUGUCAACUGAAACAAUAUAUUAGAGCGUCCCUCAAUCCCACCCCUUUAGAUGCUUGGUACUUUGCAUCAAUGUAAUUCUUUCAUGGAUUCUCCAUUUAGGAUGCUGAUUUAUCUUCACUUAAAACCAGUAGGGAAUGUUUUAUCUUUCUCA